GAACGUUACAGCAGUAGGAUAUCAGAGUUUGUUCUUUAGCUCGCUCUGAGUCAUACAGACAUUUGCCUGCUCAUCGCUGACUUCAGGUGACUCAAACACUGGUGUGACUUCUCAUUGGAGAGGAGCAGCGCGAUGGCUCGGCCUCUCUUCGGAGGUGCUCUGUCUGCAGUCAUCCCGCACAGUGCCAGAGAUAUCAGUGAGCUGAGACAGAUUCCCGAUAAUCAGGAGGUGUUUGCGCACUCACAGACGGACCAGAGCGUCAUCAUCGAACUGUUGGAAUAUCAGAGUCAUGUAAACGACUCGGACGCGGCCAGGUACCACUUUGAGGAUGUGGCAGGCAGUAAUAAGGCCACAGAGGCAGGAUCCUGGGAGGUAAGGAGUGUGGAGGCACUGCCCAAAUCGGAGCUCUCUCUGCAGGAGUGCAGCUCCGCCUGGCUCCUCUCUGGAGCUCAGCUCAUCUCCAAAUUCAAUGAGGAGGCCAAGAACACUGUGAACAUUCACCUGGGCCUCUUCCGCCUGCCCCAGUUCACGACAGACAUCUUAGUGACGUUCAAUGACCCGGUCAGCAUCAGCCCCCUCAGUAGCAGUGCUGUGGGAAGCAGUGCCAGUGUGCUGGGUCUGUGGUCGAUACAAGAUUUCCGCCAGCUGCUGCAGUCUCUGCGCCUGAUCGACCCAGGAGUGUUUGGAUAAAUCUCUCUCAUACACACACACACACUCAACAGCGAGUGACCUGCCUGAACAGUUUGUCCCUGCCAGGAAUGAACAACCAUAAUAAACUCUGGUCUCCGAGGCUUUCUCUAGGAUGAAGCCCAGACCCAGCCUGUUGGAAGGAUUCUUAUUGGAUUAGACAGCGACAAUGACCGUGACAGUAACAUUGACAGUGACAGACAGGUUUGGGUCCCUUAUUGGGUUGUUUCAGACAGCCCAGUUCAGGCUGGCAUGCCGGAGAACUCCAGUUCUGUAGGUUUGGUCUUUAUCUGAAGUGUGAUAGAAACAUUUAGAUAAUAUUCCAUGGAGACAGGGUUUGUGGGAGUGACUCACACAGCAAAAGUUCCUGACCGGAUUGUGUACUGUUGGCAUGUGAUCUGGACUGUACGCACUAUCAAAAGUCAAACAGCCAAAAGUCAAACUUCUGCUUUUUUCUUUCACUUCAAAGUCACAAGAUGAGAGUUUUUCUUUCUGCAGUGAUGUCCAGA